GACGCGAGUCCCUCCUGACAGGCGUGAGCUUCUUAAUAAAUGCCAUCCUUCAGGCAAAUACCAGUACCUGGUCACCUCCUGGGUUUCUCGUUCUUCUCUCUUUCGCUCAUGUUGACCCUGGCCCAGGAUUGCUAAGUGAGCUGCAUCACUCCGAACCUAGCACUUGAGGUAGCUCCGUCCAUUUCCAACAUCACGGUGUCCGUGCAGAGAUCAGGCAAUUGCGGACAAUGGCCCUCCCAACGGAAAUCGGCGGCCCUCCUGGGCUGCCAUUCGUCGGCAACAUAUUCGACCUACAAGACGAGGUCCCCAUCCGGGCCCUGGAGCGCAUCGCCGAUAUACACGGGCCCAUCUUCAAGGUGAGGGCGCCGGGGCGCGAGUCGAUCAUGGUCAGUGGCUUUGACCUAUUCGAUGAGCUCUGUGACGAAACAAGAUUUUACAAGCUGCUCGGCGGCAAGCUGGCCAGCGCGGCGGACUCUUCUGGCAAGCCGCGAGGCUUGUUCACCCAGAAGAGCGAGAAGGAGGAAGACUGGGGCCAGGCCCACCGAAUUCUCAUGCCUGCUUUUGGACCUCUUGCUGUGGCUGAGAUGUUUGAUGAAAUGCAUGACAUUGCUUCUCAGCUUGUUCUCAAAUGGGCGAGGCAGGGCCCGACGCACAAGAUUCAAGCAUCGGAAGACUUUUCAAGGCUGACUCUAGACACCAUCGCGCUGUGUGCGAUGGACUUCCGAUUCAACUCGUUCUACCAAGAGGACAUGCAUCCGUUUGUCAAGGCAAUGAACACUACCUUGGGUGCGGCAAAUAGCUCCGGACAGCUUGCCGGCCUCAUAACCCGGCUGUUCCCCUCGUACAAUGAAGAAGUAAAGCAGAGUGUAGCGCUCAUGGAGGAAACCUCACAGGAGUUGGUUCAGUAUCGCAGGGACCAUCCCACUGAGAAGAAGGAUCUCCUCAACUCCUUGAUCAACGGCAAGGACCCCAAGACCGGAAAGACGAUGAGGGACGCGCUCAUUGCCGCAAACAUGCAAACCUUCCUAAUUGCCGGGCACGAGACAACAUCCGGGCUUCUGUCUUUCGCCUUCCUCCAGCUCCUCAAGAACCCAAACGCCUACUUCGCCGCCCAGGCAGAAGUCGACCGGGUAGUUGGCGACUCGAAACUCGAGCCCAAACACGUCAACGAUCUGAAAUACAUCAACGCCGUGCUCCGCGAGACGCUGCGCCUAACGCCAACCGCACCGGCCUUCAGCCGCGCCGUCCGGCCCGAGAAUACGGAGGAUCCACUGUAUAUCGGGGCCAAAGACCCAGGGAGCAAGCACAAAUACGAGAUCCCACGGGGGAAAUCGAUCGUGUGCCUCCUCGGCAAGAUCAUGCGAGAUCCAAAGGUCUUUGGCGAGGACGCCGAGGAAUUCAGACCCGAGCGGAUGCUGGACGGGAACUUUGAGAAGCUCCCCAAGAACGCGUGGAAGCCCUUUGGGACGGGGAUGAGGGCCUGCAUCGGACGUGCUUUUGCCUGGCAGGAGGCUGUGCUCGCCGUGGCGCUGAUCCUUCAGAAUUUCGACAUGCGGCUUGACGACCCGAACUAUGAGAUUCAGGUCGUGCAGGCGUUGACACUGAAGCCCAAGGACUUUUUCAUGCGGGCCAGCCUGAGGGAGGGUAUCACGCCGACGAUACUGCUUCAGAGGCUCAGUGGUGACAGGGCUACUGGCGGGCAGCACAAGGAUGGUGUUCCCAGGGCUGUCGAGACCGUGGCGGAUGGUGAUCAGGACCUGUCGAUCUUGUACGGGUCCAACACGGGGACUUGCCAAGCGCUGGCGCAGAAGCUGGCCGGCCAGUGUGCUCAGAGGGGGCUGGCUGCGGGUGUUCGGACCCUAGACGCUGCGAUGGGGAAGCUGCUGAAGGACAAGCCCACUGUGAUCAUCACAGCUUCGUAUGAAGGGUUGCCCACCGAUGAUGCCGCGCGCUUCGUGGCUUGGCUGGAGAGCCUGCAGCAGGAAAACGAGACCAAGAAGCUCGAGAGAGUCAAGUAUGCAGUCUUCGGAUGUGGUCACAGCGAUUGGGCAUCCACGUUCCAGAAGAUCCCGACGUCGGUAGAUGAGAUUCUUCCGGCCCUGGGCGCCGAGAGACUCGCAGCCCGUGGAUCAUCAGACGUGAGCAAGCAGGAUACAUUCGGCGACUUCGAGACAUGGACCACUGGGAAACUAUGGCCGGCACUCGGCCCAUACUUGACGUCUACCAAAGACUCGUCCCAGUUCUCCACCGUCCCGACCAUCGAGAUCGAGCUCACUACCGAGGAACGCGCCGCACACCUUCAACAGAAUGUGCAAUGGGCCAACGUGGUCGACACCAAAAUCCUCACCGCAGAUGGCGAGCCGGAGAAGCGCCAUAUCGAGAUCGAACUCCCAUCGAACAUGACGUAUUCCGCGGGAGACUACCUCGCCGUGCUGCCUCUGAAUCCCAAGGAGUACGUCAGGCGGGUUAUGAACCACUUCAGCCUGCCGUGGGAUGGCAUGAUCACGAUCAAGCAGGGCUCGGCGACCUCGCUCCCCACUGGCAAGCCCAUCGCCAUCUUCGACCUGCUCCAGGGCUACGUGGAGAUCUCCCAGCCGGCGACGAAGCAGGACAUCGAGGUGAUGGCCUCGGUGUGCGGCUCCCCGGCCGUGAAGGGGACUCUGGCAGGUUAUCUUUCCCCAGAGACAUUCGCCGCGGAGGUGAUCGAGAAGCGCAUCACCAUCCUCGACAUCCUGACGAGACACAAGACCGACAUCCCCCUGCCCUUCGCCACGUUCCUCUCCCUGCUGCCGCCGAUGCGCACCAGGCACUACUCCAUCUCGUCCUCGCCCCUCGCCUCCCCCACCUCCGCCACCCUGACAUACGCCGUCCUCGACGCCCCGGCCUGGUACCAGCCAAACGGCGGGGGCUCCCCCACCGGUCCGACACACGAUGUCAAGGGUGCAUGUGGACAGGAACACCGCUUCCUCGGCGUGGCAGGAUCCUACAUGCGCUCCCUGUCCCCGGGCGACCGCGCCCUCGUCUCGGUCCGGAGCACCAACAGGUACUUCCGGCUCCCGCUGGACAUGGCCGCCACGCCCGUGGUGAUGAUGUGCAACGGCAGCGGGAUCGCGCCGUUCCGGGGCUUCGUGCAGGAGCGGGCGACGCUCAUCGCCGAGGGCGGCAAGGCGCUGGCGCCCGCGGUGUUGUUCGCGGGGUGCCGGCGGCCGGGGCGGGAUCAGCUCUACAGGGAGGAGUUUGAAGCCUGGGCGGCGCUGGGGGCCGUGGAUGUCAGGUGGGUGUUUAGUCAGCACCACGAGGGGGGCGGGCGUGAGGGUGAGGAGGCGGAGGGGGAGGCGGAGGGGCAGCGGUGUAAGUAUGUGCAGGACCGGAUGCUCAGGGACCGGGAGGACAUCGACCAGCUGUGGCUCGAGGGGGCGAGGUUUUAUAUCUGCGGGAGUAAGAGCCUGGCCAAGGGGAUUGGGGCGGUGGCGAGACGGUUGAUUGCUGCCGGGGCCAAGAGGAAUGGGAAGGACUACACGCCGGAGGAGGUUGAUGCUUUUGUCAAGCAGAUGAGGAACGAGAGGUUCGUCACGGAUAUCUUCUGA